CCAGUCAACUAACUGACCUGUCAACUAACUGACCAGUCAACAAUCUGACUAGUUAACAAGAGACUACUUUACAAAAUGACCAACUCACACGCUGGUCACGCAGAUGACACUUAAAUCAACCCAGCAUUUAAAUCAACCAUUUCUUUCCUCUCUCGGACCCUGAAAUAUAACCAUGUAGACUACAGACGCAAUGAAAAGAUCGGGAAGUAACAAGAUUCUUAUCCCAGCCAACCUGAAAUAAAAGAACAUCCUCUAGCAGCAUCAUGGGUGACGUUAAUCAUCGUUUGGUUGUUUACUUUAAUGUCAACACGACAGGCAACAGUGACCCUGCAGGCAGUAGAUAUCCUGCAGGGUCACAGGAUCCUGCAGGGUCACGUACACCUGCCAACAGGAGUGUCUACGUACAUACGAACCUGUCGACAUUCACAGGAAACAUGUUCGAGGACCUCCAAGACUUCAUGUUCUACCAACACCAGGAUCCCUUCAUCAUAUUCCUCAUUGUGCUCUACGCUCUCGCCUUCACCAUCGGCUUUCUCGGUAACCUGUUUGUGAUUCUCGUCGUUCUACGUCAUCGCCACAUGCGUACACUGACCAAUGUGUUUUUUCUCAAUCUGACCAUCGGAGACUUCAUGGUCAACUGUAUCUGUAUCCCCAUCACCCUGGGCAACUACGUCUACAGAGACUGGAUCUACGGCGAGGUGUUGUGUAAAGUCAGCCCAUUUCUACAAAUCACUGCCGUGGGGGUCAGCGUCUUAUCCAUGCUAUCCAUAUCCAUCAAUCGAUACUUCGCCAUCCACAUCCCACUGCGCGCUAAGAUCCUGUUCUCCAGAACCCGUGUGCACGUGAUGCUGGCAUCCAUCUGGGUGAUCAGUUUCUCCGUCUCUAGCCCCGUGCUUUUCGUACGGACGGUCCUCUCUCACGACGUCCCCGAGGUCUACAGCCUAAGGGUGUGUUACGAGGCCUGGAGUCACGUGAUGCUCAAACACGCCUACAACAUGAUCGUGUUCCUGCUCCUCUUCCUCUUCCCCCUGGCCAUGAUGAGCGCCCUCUACCUGAAGAUCUCGCUGGCGCUGUGGUCUAAAAACAUCGAACUCUUCGACACCGUGAGGAAGCAGACGUUCAUGUCACCCCAGGUCGACCGUCUGCUUCUCCAGAGACGGAAGACGGUCCGGACACUAGUGCUGCUAGUCGUGUUGUUUGCUGGCUCCUGGCUGCCGUACUACGUGGUCAACGCCUGGCUGGACUUUAACCCCACCAGCACGUAUGCCAGCGUCGUGUCUCUCGUCAUCUACCCGCUGGUGCAGCUCGUGGGACUCUCCAACUCCAGCAUCAACCCCAUACUCUACUGCUUCCUCAGCAACGGCUUCAGGCGGGCCUUCACCAACAUGUGUUGUUGGCGGGCCAAGCGCACUCGUCAUGGGAUGGUCAUGACGGUCAGGUACAGGUGUAGUGACGACAGUGGUGUGGGCAGUGUGGAGACAGUCUUGUCUUAGAGUUAUGACGUGGUCACUGUUGAGACAGUCUUGUCUUUGAGUUCUGCCUUGGGC